CCUGAGGAGGAUUUACACAAAGCACAGAGAGGCAGAGAAGUGAAAGAAUAGGUAGAGUUUGUUGGCUUUCAAUCUUACCUCACAGCUAAUUACCAUUUCUCACUGUGGUGAAAGAAAGCAAACAGAAACUAAGUGAGAAAAACAGCUAACCUAAAAGGGCAGCUGAGGGCAGGCGAAGAAAAAGCAGAAGUAACAAGAAAAGGAGGGAGAGACAGCCGUUAGAUGGUACGGGUUUAGGAGAUUAAUUGAGGUAGAGAAACAAAACAGCAGAGACAAGGCUGUAAGGAGUGAGCGAGAGAGGGAAUUAGUAAGAACACAGCAGAUACUCAUUGACAGAGAGGACUAGACCUAACUCAAUGGAUUGCUGACAUCAGCAAAACAAAAGGAAGAAGAGCGUCACACAAGAGGUCACUGUGGUCCAGCAGCAGUGCAGCUCGCCUGAGCCUGUCUGCAACCAAGACAGCUGAGCUAGAGAGACACAGUUCACACAGAGUCCUCUCUGUAACAGCACCAUGUUGAUGAAAGAGUACCGCAUAUGUAUGCCACUGACUGUGGAAGAGUACAGGAUUGGGCAGCUGUACAUGAUCAGUAAGCACAGCUGUGAGCAGAGUGGUGGGGGAGAAGGUGUGGAGGUGAUAAAGAAUGAGUCAGAUACUCACCCCCAGCACGGCCCUGGACAGCUGACAGAGAAGCGAAUCUACCUCAACAGUAAACUGCCGUCCUGGGCGAAAGCAUUUGUCCCGCGAUUUUUCUACGUGACAGAAAAGGCCUGGAACUUCUACCCCUACACCAUCACAGAGUACUCAGUAUCAUUCCUUCCCAAGUUCAGCAUCCGCAUUGAGACAAGAUUCGAGAACAACAACGGCGAUAACAACAAUGUGUUUGAGGACACGCCGACCCCAGCAGAGAAUGUGAGUUUCCUGGAUAUCCUGAGUGACCCCAUCCCUGAAAAGCACUACAAAGAGUCCGAGGACCCGGGUUGCUGGCAGUCAAGUAAAACUGGCAGAGGGCCUCUGGAGAAAGGCUGGAGAGACGACCACAAGCCUAUUAUGUGCUCCUAUAAGAGGGUACAGUGCAGCUUCGAGGUGUACGGCUUCCAGACAAGGACUGAGGAAUUCAUACACAAAAACAUCCGGGACAUUCUUCUGGUUGGCCACAGACAAGCAGUAGCAUGGAUAGACGAAUGGCACGGGCUAAGUUUGGAGGAGGUGAGAGAGUACGAGCGAGCAAUGCAAGAGAAGACCAACAGCAAAGUCAAAUCCAACAACACAGGCCCACAAGCUGCCUCUCGUCCUGCGUUCUCUCGCUCCAUCUCAGUGACAGACGAGGUAACACUGAAGAAGAUGGGAGUGAUGACUGCGGCCACGUCUGACCCUUCACUCUCCUCUGUGCCACAAAGUCCCAUGCGCCUCAAUUCCACACCUGAAUGACAUAGACAUAGACACACACAUUGUACUGUACAGCAGGUACACACAGAAACCAAUGUCAACACUCACCAGUCAUGUGAUGUUGUUUCACAAACACUAACCCAACCACAUGCAAACAGUGACUUAACGGACAUUUUGUGUUGGCUCGAUUUCCAGUUUCUGGUGUACAAACUUAAACCAGUCUAAUUUUAUGCAAACUGCCUGUAAAGACAUUUGUCAUUAUGACAUGUUCUGGAAAAUUUAAAAUUAGCCUACAUCAGCAACCUGUGCCGACGUUGUCAGACACUAAAUCUCAUAUGACACUGUGAUUAACAUAAUAUUAUGUUUGUUUAACGAAUGUCAGCAGAGGUGGGAGGGGAGAAGAUACACACUACGUACGUUGAGGUUGUUACUAGUAGGUUCAUGUGUUUUUUCAUCAUGGCAGCGUUAUUCUCAAAGAAAACUCAAACUGCGACAAUAUGGUAACAUUUUGGAUUUUUGAUUUGGAUUCUGCUAAUUGUGGUGCCCCUUCACUCUCUGCUUCAUCUUCUUAUUGGGUGUUUAUUGGCAGUUGGAAAACCAGCUUAGAGAUGCAUUACUGCCACCAAGUGCACUGGAGUCGCAAAACUCUGAUUCAUAGGCCCUCUCAGUCUCAUUAUGUUCCAGUCGGGAGAGGCUACUGAGUCAACAGCGCUACCUAGUUGUAAAAUUCAGUACACAGGUCCUUAAUAUCAAACCAGUUUGAACAUUUUUACACCAGCCGAACCCUAACAUUUUGGACGUAUUUACUCUCUGGGGUACUAUCUGUCUGUCAAAUAUAUGGCUACAGCUAGCAGCUGGUUAAUUUAGCUUAGCUUAGCAUCAACACUGGGAACAGGGGGAAACUGCUAGCCUGUCCAAAGGGAACAAAAUCCGCUUAUCAUUUAUUAACAUGUUACAUCUUAGGCCUACUGUAAAACACUGAAUUGUUGUUUUUAUACUUAGUUUUUUGUGCAGAUUAAACAAGUGAGAUAUAACGUGUUUAUCUUUAGAUGCGCUGGUAGGUGAAUUUUGGAACCAUUAGAUGGCCAGGCUAGCUGUUUUCAGUCUUUGUGUUAAGCUUAGCUAACUGGCUCCUGGCUCCAUAUUUACCAUACACAUAUGAAUGAGAGAGGUAUCAUCUUCUAAUUUUCCGACAGAGAGCGAAUAAGUGUAUUUCCCAAAAUGUCCAUUAAUACACAGUAGAGAUAUUAUCUAUUCUUAUGCACAUGUACGUGUAGUUGCUCUCUUCACUGCAUGCAACAAACGUUACAACAACACACACUAUGUGUGACAAUUUCUAUUGUUGCAGUCAAAAAUCCUUCCAGUGUCUUCGACAACCUGUGAACGCACUUUGAGUUUCUCAGCCACAGUGGAGGUCUGCGACCACCAGCAGGGCUCUCCUAUUGUUUCCCAGCCCCGGCCCAGCAGCCUACAGACCGAUGCAUAAGUAGUUUAAUAGAGUGGAUCUAAUGAGAGAGAAGAGGAGAACGGGGGAGGCUGUCAAUGCUAUGGAUUGGCUACCCUCUCCACCUCUGCCAAUAGGCCAGACCAGGUGUAUUGACAGAAGGCAAUGAGGCGUUAUAUUGGUUCCUUGAUCACUUAGCUGAGCACUGCAAAUGGGUCAAGCCAGGGCUAAACUUCAACUAUGAGUCAAUGAUAUGACCAUUUAUAAGACUAUUAGCUCAAUUUCUUAAUGUACAUUUAGAGGAGAAUGGGUUUUCAUCAUCAGGGAUCAACAAUGGCAAUGAUGAAAUAGUUUGUUGUCCUUAUUGUAAAAACAUUUAGUUUGAAUUAAGUACAUGAAUGAAUCAAGUGGGAAAUGCAUGUGGAAAUUGCACGGUAUAGUCUUUUGUAAUGG